AUGCGUGCCAACUAUUCAAAGAAGCUCCAGAAAGCAGCAUUAAAUGUUCAAGCUAUGUCGGAGAUGAUGAUAGUACCUCACUUUCAGAAUUUGUGAAGCAAACCCCUUAAAAGUGCAAAAAUAUUCUGACAUCAUCCACAUAAAAAUAUCUUUAUCUACACGUCUAUACAAUUUCAGCCGACGAAAUAAAUUCGAUAACUAUUGUGUUCUCUCACAGCUGAAAGUAAUCAACUAUCUUGUUUAAUGUUUUUCAUACUGUGUUCAUCAGAACAGAUACUCAGCUAGAUUAAAGCAUUGCUCCGUCCACGUAUUGACCUUUAUGCAAGACGCGGGAGACGCGCGUGUUGUGAUACCUUAAUUUCGUCAUUUCGUGGGCGCAAUAAAGUGUCGAAAUGUCUUCCUCAAAGAGCAUCGCCGACGAUGCUCUUGACGUUAUGCAUUUACUUUCCCAAACAUAUGGAUGUAUUUAAUAUCAUACAAGACAGAAUAAAAUUUAAUCAGCAUUAAUGUUAUCCAGUCUAACUACCAAGUAUUGUACUUAAUGUAUAUCGAGAAAUUAGGACACCACUUAUUUCUAAUUUAAAACCUGACAUUAAUUAUUUACAGCAAUAUACUCGUGGUUUGUGGUGGAGUAAUUCCGCCGCAAGAUUAUGAUUUUCUCUUUGAGAAAGGCGUUGCUGCUGUUUUCGGGCCAGGUAUGUUUUCACGUCGAUUUGAUAUUUUGAAUUAUUUGUUCAAAAGCUGUGUAAAUUGAACAGUGGUUUGAGUGACACCAUUCGCCUCCAACACAGUCAACACUGCAAAUUGCAAUCAUAAGCAUUGACAUCACAGGCCGUAUUCUGACUCUAACUCUCGCAAAAUAUCUCAAGAAAUAUUUUUCCGAUUGAGGGUGUAACAGACACUACCGCUACCGUUACCAUUAACUAAUCAGAUGCAUAUAUUAUUCUACCCAAUUAAACAAUUAAAUAAUGUUGAGAGGUAAUGUUCGUUCAUUUGCACUUCAAAUCUCCAGCGUCUUUUCUACAAUUAUCCCCGAGCCAACGGGCGCCGUUCCGGGCGUAAGCCCUGGGCGAGGGUACUAAUUCCGCCCGGCUAUUUACACCCGGGGAAACGAAAGCAUUAGCGAAGUCUAAAGUUCAUCAAUGAUCGCGGGCGUGGGUGACUGUGCGUGUUUCGGUGGUUGGGCAUCUCACUGAUUUCAAAAUAUGGCUGUUUGCCAGGAGUGAAGAAGGCAAAAAAAUAUAAAAAAUACAUGUAAGAAAGCUAGUUAGUCAUCGGCCGGCUGUAAUGUCGAGAGCUCUGUAAAUUGUCUUAAUAAUUCAACUACAGAGUGAAAUCCUCGCAUGAAACCGAAAAAAUUUUGUUGCGGAUUCAAAUACGGAUCUACAUAUAUCUAUCCGAAUACGUUGCGUUCUCGAUAUGGGAUAUGGAUUCUUAAUUCCAUCAUCGUGCACAUGACUGAGAUACUUUAGUAAUUUGUUAUUGUUUUAGGCAUACAAUAUCAAUUUUGCAUUCUUGCUGUCUUGAAGUACAGUAUUCGAGACACACAUGAGUGCUGGAUGCUUUCAUAUUUGCAGGAAUUAACGUGUUAGAACACUUUGAAGUAGAAGCGCAUAUCACAAGUGAUUGUGAGCAUCGGAAAAUGAUACUCGCGUGGCUAGCUGUGAUAGCUUGGAUAAGUUCCUGUAGCUGAAGGAUGACUGUCGUGAAUGACAAUUUCCUGACUACAAAAUAUGUAAAAUGAAAACAAUGAAACAGAUAUACCUCGAACACUUUGUCGUGGCACAGACAACUUUAAAAGCAAUUAGAUAUUUUUUGAAUAUCAGUUUCGGACCACUACUUUAACGCAAAAUAAUAUAGGGAAAUUAACGCAAAACGAAGUAAAUGUACAUACGAAUUUUAAACAUGUUGGUGCGGUGGCGUCACCUAGUUUCCUAUCCAUUUCCUGAAACACUUGUAAAAUGAAGUCGAAGCUGAAAAUUCAGAUUUUCAACACUGCAUACUUUCACAUUUAAUGGCAACUUGCGCUUUUGGGCCAAUAUUGAAAUAUUGAAAUACGCCGUCUUUAAUGCAAACAUUUAUUGAAACGUUUUAACUCAUUCCAUGCACUUGACUGACCUUGUGGUCUGAGAUAUGACUCAAACUGAUUUAUGGUUAGAGAAUUAUGAGAAAGCCUUUUGCUCUGUAGUUAAGAUGGACAACCUCCCCAUUGUGGUAGGGGAAAAUAUUAAAAGACAAAAUGAAGAAUUUUGCAAGCGUAGCGUUUUCAAAACAAAUUUUCAGAGUUAUUUCGAUGCUCAUCCACCCUUUCAACUCAGUAAAGCAAUACUGACGGGGAAGUUUGAGUGGUCUUUUUCUGCAUUCGUUAGAGCCACCAGAUAUGGACUUCAUGUGUGUGUUAAAGAAUAUCACGUUUUCGCAAGAAGAUCGGAAAAACGGCGGCUUGCAGCAAAGAGAAGAUACGCCUUUUGUUUACGCAUUUGUGACAAAGAAUGAAACACAACAACUCUGGGGUGAGUUUUUUCACGAUGCGGAUACACAUGCAGGAAAGAAUCGAUUGUCUUCAAGAAAAUUGAAAGAAAAGCUGCAAGAUAACUACCAAAAGACAAGCAGAAUGUUCCAUACUUUGGUCGAGGAAGGGCUUGAACAAUUUAAUGAAGGUGCAGCAGCGACCGUUCGUAAGCCUAAACCUUCAUUGUCUUCCUUCCAGUGUUUUGUAGAAAUAUGGCAGAAGGUGUUAAGGCAACCAGUGAAAGAGCUAUAUAACAUACACAUAGAUAAAAGUCAGUUUCAAGAUGACAUGUUAUACCAACUAGUUCCUUCGAGUGACAUUGUGUUGUCUAUAUACUGCGAGGGAUGUCCCAUCCUGUGGGAGAGAAUGGAUGACGCGAGAACGACUUUGGCCUCAAAUAUAUUCAGUGGAAAAAAUUACACAAUCUGGAUUUCAUAUUGUCCCAAAGAGUUCGCCUGAUGGAGAUUUUCGUUUGUCUUUCUUUCGUGCUGAAUCAAUGUUGAUCGGGAUUCUCUUACCACUGCAACACAGAGUAAUGAGCGCUUUCAAAACAGUAGUGAAAUAUUAUGAAAAUACCUGGAGUCCAAAUCUGAAGGAGAUUAUAUCAAGUUAUCAUUUGAAAACCAUCGCAUUUUGGCAUUUCGAGAAAACGUCACAAAAAUCUUGGACUGAAGAAACUUUACUUCAUCAUCUUGUAACAUUAUUUCAGGAGUUCGCAGAAGUUUUGGGAAUACAAAAUCUUCCAAUGUAUUUUAUGCCAAAAUUUAACCUCCUCCAAGAUGUUGACGAUCCCGAAGUCACGCUGGACUUAAUGGAAAAGAUUUCACAACUUGCACACAAUUUCUCUGCGAUAUCUGAAGCUGUACACAAUUGCAAUCUUUUAAAAUUGCUGAUGGCGACUGCCUCCGAUCAUUAUAACCUUGCAAACAUCUUCGUCACCUUACGUGAAGAAAAAUUGAAAAAAGCGCAAGAAAACUGUGAAGUUUUAUUCACCUUCUACGAUGUCUUCGUAGCUAUGGAGAAACUCGUAAAUAGAUUAAUGUAG